UGUGUUAUGCUACUGGCGGCACGGUCUCUACGCAGAGGUAUAAACUGGAUAAACUGUACUUAUCUGCGAGCUGCUACCCACAAGUAGGGAUGACGAUCCGGGUUUUGUUCGAGGGCCCGGGAAAACACUGAGGUGGCAAAUUAAGCUAAGCUGCUUAUUUUCCAUAUUUCCGCUAGUCAUUGAAGGCAGCACAGGGCCUGCCGCUGCGGCGCUUCGGAGCUGUUCGGAUCCAAGAAAUCGGCUCGUGUACCACCGGCUACACACACCGGCAGGUGACAGGUGUCAGUCCAGAUGACCGGGCCUCCGUGAGAGAGAGUGACGGCUCCUUUUAAACGCUGCUAACGGCUUUAAAAUCGACAUGGCAGACGCGCGGAGUUACCGGCUGCGCCGCGGUUCCUCACCGCCCGCCCACGGAGGCAAGAAGACGCAUUUCUCCCCCUGAUGUGUGAUUUCACCGGACCGUCUUCUUGUGUCUUACGAGGGCGUCGACGUUUCAUUGUGUUUUCGCACCGGUUCGCUGCGGCGAUUUUCUGAUCUCACGCUCAGUGGGAAGCGGCAGCGGGGACGUCCCGAGGAGGAGCGUCCCCCUGGUGUUUAUUACAGGAGAGGACGCACCACCACCGCGCCGGGGACUCGACUCCGAGACAGACAAGAGCAAACAUGUUCGAGACCAGAGGAAUCCCCUUUGUCCUGCUCGACAUAGCCUGUCUCAUUCUGGGAGGUCUGCCUCUGGCAGCCUUUAACCUGGGUAAGAUCCGCCCCUACCAGAGGGGCUUUUUCUGUAACGAUGAGAGCAUCAAGUACCCUUUCCACCACAGCACAAUCACCUCCACAGUCCUCUACACUGUGGGCUUCACCCUGCCCAUUAGCUGCAUGAUCUUUGGCGAGUGCCUUUCAGUCUAUCUAAAUCGCAUCACAUCCAAGUCAACUUUCGGCAGCUACGUUGCCUGUGUUUACAAAGCCAUUGGUACCUUCCUCUUUGGUGCCGCGAUGAGCCAGUCUCUGACCGACAUAGCCAAGUAUUCUAUUGGCCGGCUCAGGCCGCACUUUCUGGAUGUUUGCAAACCUGAUUGGACACAUAUCAACUGUUCGUCAGGGGCUUAUAUUGAAGACUUCACGUGCACUGGAAACCCGACGAUGGUCAAUGAGGGCAGACUUUCCUUCUACUCUGGCCACUCCUCCUUCUCCAUGUACUGCAUGCUGUUCCUGGCUCUCUAUCUGCAGGCUCGACUCCAAUUUGAAUGGGCGAGGUUGCUGAGACCCACCAUCCAGUUUUUCCUGAUCGCUGCCUCAGUGUUCACAGGAUUAUCCAGAGUGUCUGAUUAUAAACAUCACUGGAGCGAUGUGCUGACUGGCCUCCUGCAGGGAGCCCUUAUGGCCAUUCUGGUGGUCUUCUUUGUGUCUGACUUUUUCAAGCCACGUGUGGCUUCUCAUAAAGAGGUGGACAUCCCACACACAACCCUGCAGGAGACCCCAACAAAUGGAAACCACUUUGAGAGUCCAAACUAAGCUAUGCAAGAGGUGGAGGAGGAGGAGGAUACCUCUGCACUGUCCAAGCGCACACCUAGGAUCCGAGCUCUCUAGCCUUUCAUCUCACGCAAAUUCUCAUCAGAUUUCUUUGCAUGGACUCACAGAGUGGAGUACUUGAUUCUCAGUUCAAGUAAGCCAGUGGAUGACUGUGCAUCCCAGAAGAAACCCUUGAAAGCUACACCUCAGGUCUGCUUAUAUUUUAAGACUUUAUAAUUUUAGCCAAUUUGCUGUCUUGUCCACUGAUCCUCCAUUAAAGGAAUGUGGUGAGACAACCUGUCCAACCCUUGUAGAUAUGCUAAAGUGACAGAUGAAGGUUAGGGGCUAGAGAUUCUGCAAGGACGGGAACCAUCUAUCUACUGAGCUGGUGGGAAGACUUACCUGCAUGCACUCACUAAAGGGUCUGACCACUGCUGGGAGAGUGAGAGAGGGGGGUUGGAAACCUGUGAAUGUAACCCUGCUUUGUGCUUUUCCUGUCCUGGAGUCAGUCUGCUCGAAGAUCUGAUUUAGGGUCAGUUUUAGGACCACCCCCAGCUUCCAGAGAGACUAUGAGUCUCACCACUUUGCUGCCUUAGGUCCAGUGUAUAAACAAAGGGCUCAUUAAAAGAGGAAAGUUUGUUUCUUAAGGCUAGAAGGUGCUGGAGGCUAAAGCUGAUCCUAGACCAGAGGGCAACACUGCUUGACAUCUGAAGCCGCUGACUCCAGGUUACUGACACUACUGUGUGAUUCUCCAACUGUCUAACCUCAUAUUGUCGAGAAGGACGUGUGACUUGGGUUAGAGAGCUGAAGAGUCGACAGUCAGUUUCAAGUCCCAUGUUGCCUUUGCUGGACUGUUGCUGCUGCUGCUGUCACAGCUUCCUGUGUAUCUAAGAACUAAUAUAAACAUCAAGAGAAUAGACAACAAUGUACUUUUGUAUAAUCUGUAUGUAAAAACAAAUCUCCAUACAGACGUUUAUUGAAAAAAAAUGUUACACCUAUGUACAAACAUCUAAAAUAAGAAAAAAAAAGACAUUUUACUUAUUCACAUGAACAAAAA